AUGUUUGCCAGGAAAUUGGCCUCCUCUUCGAGGCCAUUUUCACGGCCCUUCUUGUUCUCAGCAACUUCCAAGGCCGCUACUGCGACUGCGGCCGCUCCAAUUGCCGACCUGGCUCCUUCCCCUCCCACAUAUCCUCUUACCGACCAAGACCAUAGACGACUGACAUUUCAGCGCAAUAUUGGUGUUUCUGCACAUAUAGACUCAGGAAAAACAACUUUGACGGAACGUAUACUAUUUUAUACCGGUCGGAUACGAGAGAUACACGAGGUUCGUGGACGAGAUAAUGUCGGUGCUAAAAUGGACAGCAUGGAUCUUGAACGAGAGAAAGGAAUAACUAUUCAAAGUGCUGCCACUUUCUGCGAUUGGGAAACCACCAAUCCUGUAACCAAGGACACUUCCAAAUACGCCGUUAACAUCAUCGACACUCCAGGUCACGUCGAUUUUACAAUAGAAGUUGAACGCGCCUUACGUGUCCUAGAUGGUGCUAUUCUGGUUCUAUGCGCUGUUGCCGGUGUACAGAGUCAAACAACCACCGUCGACAGGCAGAUGCGCAGAUACAACGUUCCGAGGAUCUCUUUUGUCAACAAGAUGGAUCGGCCUGGUGCCAACCCGUGGAGAAUUGUGCAACAAAUUCGCACGAAACUCCGUAUGACCGCAGCCGCCGUCCAGGUUCCCAUAGGCGUUGAGGACGAGUUUAAAGGCGUGGUAGACCUUGUCCAUUGGCGUUCAAUCUAUAAUGAAGGACACAAGGGUAUCGACCUCGUAGUCCGGGACGAAAUACCUUCCGAACUAUUAGACCUGGCCAAGGCUAAGCGGAUUGAACUCAUUGAACAGCUUGCCGAAGUCGAUGAAGAAAUUGGCGACCUUGUUCUCUCCGACCAGCAGCCAACUAAUGUUCAGCUUGCUGACGCUAUCCGUCGGGCCACUAUAGCCCUCAAAUUUUCUCCCGUCUUCCUUGGCUCUGCAAUCAAGAAUACAGCUGUUCAACCUUUACUUGAUGGAGUUUGUGCAUACCUUCCCAACCCAUCUGAAUCCGAAGUUUUCGCUCACGAUACGAACCAACCGACCUCUGCCCCCCAAGUUCCCCUCACUCCUUCUGCCAACGCUCCCUUGGUGUCCUUGGCGUUCAAGCUGGAAGAAGGAAGGUUUGGACAAUUGACUUACAUGCGCGUAUACCAAGGGUCCCUCAGAAAAGGACAAACGAUUUAUAACGCUCGCACUGGGAAAAAGGUGAAAGUUCCUCGUUUGGUCCGUAUGCACAGCAACGAGAUGGAAGACAUUGAAUCCAUUGGUCCUGGUGAAAUUUGUGCUAUUUUCGGAGUGGAGUGCUCCAGUGGUGACACCUUCACCGAUGGUUCGACGAAUUACUCGAUGGCAAGUGCUGUUCAUGGUCGAACCGUGAGCGGCGCUUUACUAAGUCUUUUCAGACAUCUAUGUUUGUUCCUGAGCCCGUCAUCUCCCUCGCUAUCAAGUCGAAUGGCAUCGAAACUCCCAAUUUCUCUCGUGCUCUCAAUCGUUUCCAGAAGGAGGAUCCUACUUUCCGCGUACAUGUCGAUGCCACUUCCAAAGAGACCAUCAUUUCUGGAAUGGGGGAACUCCAUCUUGAGAUCUACGUUGAACGCAUGCGCCGCGAAUACAAUGUUGACUGCACCACCGGUAAACCUCGCGUCGCGUUCCGUGAGACUAUCACCCAACGUGCGGACUUCAAUUAUACACACAAAAAGCAGACUGGUGGUGCCGGCCAAUAUGCCAAGGUUAUCGGGUAUAUCGAACCCUUGGAAUCAGAGCAAGACAUCGAGGAGGGAAGUGGAACACCGAAGGGCAAAGGGUUCGUCGACGAUGUAA